AUGGGGAACACAAAACGGUUUCCCUCUUGGCAGAAAUUUAUCAAAGCAUUUCGGGUCUUGGAGAUCAACAGAGCUAUUCUUUAUGGAGAGGCGACAAUGCUUUCACAAGGCGGAUGGACGAUUUCUGGAGACAUGGUGCCAUCCGACUUGAAUGAUGGUUGGGAUUCAGUGGGAACAGUUCUCACGCUCAUGAUGAAGACUUCCUCUUUCAGCCAAAACCUUUUCGACCAAACUGAAAGCCUAGCGUGGCACCCGACGUGUGUGGAUUCAACUUUGGAUGCACUAGCCGUUCAGGGAACCGAAAUCAAAAAGGAAAUCAUGAAGUGGCAAAGUCAAAACGCAUCGCUUACAGGUGUUUCAGAGGCACCCUACGGGCUCGCUAUGGCCAAUUUUCAUGGUCUCCUCCUAUUUCAUUGUAGGAACUUCACUUUCCACUCGUUCUGGGGAGGAAAGCCGAUUCCUUCUUUGCAUGAACAUGAAAUUGAGACACAUGUUGAGGCAAUAUUAGAACAGAGUGACAGAGUUCUUCGAUCUUCAGGGAUCCCCGGGGUGCUCUUGCUGUUUCCUCUGAGAAUGGCCGGAGCUAACGUCUAUGAAAACUCCAAGAAGCGCAGGAUAUUGAAACUUCUCGACCGGAUCUACCAAACGGGCUUUGUCGUUGCAGACGUGAUCAGGACUGAUUUGGAGGAUAUUUGGAGAUAUCAAGCGCUACAAAGUUAUUAG